GCAGUGCCCACGAGGGGGCAGCCGGCGCUACGCCUCGCCUCUCUCUCCCCCUCUUCUCUCUGGUUAGCGUGGGAAAGAGCCCGCCUCCUGUCCCAUAAGGCCCUGCACCGGAAACUUCACUCUCUCUUCCUGUCUCUCAUCAUGGCGCAGGAUCAAGGGGAAAAGGAGAACCCCAUGCGGGAGCUGCGCAUCCGCAAGCUCUGCCUCAACAUCUGCGUCGGGGAGAGCGGGGACCGACUGACGCGGGCAGCCAAGGUCCUGGAGCAGCUCACGGGCCAGACCCCGGUCUUCUCCAAAGCCAGAUACACCGUCAGGUCCUUUGGCAUCAGGAGAAAUGAAAAGAUUGCUGUCCACUGCACAGUCCGUGGGGCCAAGGCAGAAGAAAUCUUGGAGAAAGGUCUAAAGGUGCGAGAGUAUGAAUUACGAAAAAAUAACUUCUCAGAUACUGGAAACUUUGGUUUUGGGAUCCAGGAACACAUCGAUUUGGGGAUCAAAUAUGACCCAAGCAUUGGUAUCUACGGCCUGGACUUCUAUGUGGUGCUGGGUAGGCCAGGUUUCAGCAUCGCAGACAAGAAACGCAGGACAGGCUGCAUUGGGGCCAAACACAGAAUCAGCAAAGAGGAGGCCAUGCGCUGGUUCCAGCAGAAGUAUGAUGGCAUCAUCCUUCCUGGCAAAUAAAUUCCCGUUUCUAUCCAAAAGGCCAAUAAAAUGUUUUCAGUGAAAUGUA